CGGUCAUCCUCGUCAACUGAGCUUCGCCUAUUUAAUGGCGUCCUGACAUCUUGCCUCUGCCGUUCAUCUCUUCGUACUUGGAGAGGAGAUACUCUGUGAUGUCUAUGUUAAAGGCUCUCGAUGCAGCUGCGCAGACGGCACUGGACAUGACCGCCGCACGCAACGCGACGGCGGUAGACAUUCCCAGCUUGCGGGAUUACCUUCACGGUGGUGCGGAUAACUGGCAGCGUCGUGAGGAAAUUGUGCGCGUGUUGUCCGCAGAUCCUGCGUUUAGUAAGGCGGGGAGGGACAACAUGUCCCGCUCUCAGCUCUUCAUGCGCGGGCAGGCCAUGACUCGCCGCCUACACGAGCUGCAGAACGAGCUGGGGUGGUCCGAUGACGACCUCCGGCGCAGCCUCUCCAUCCUCGACGAGACACUGCCUCUUACUCUCCACUUCCAAGCCUUCGAGCCCGUCUUCAACCUCCAAGCCGGUCCCGAGCUUGCCGCCGAAUAUGGCCCCCUCAUCGCCACCCGCGGCAUCCUCGGCUGUUACCUCCAGACCGAGCUCGCGCACGGCACCGCCGUCAGCGCGCUGGAGACGACCGCGACCUACGACCCCGUGACAAGGGAGUUCGAGCUGCACUCGCCGAGCUUGACGGCGGCCAAGUGGUGGAUUGGGGCGGCGGGGCGGACGGCGACGCAUGGGGUGGUGCAGGCGCAGUUGGUGCUGUCGGGUGGCAAAAGGAUGGGCCCGCAUUUGUUUUUUGUGCAGUUGCGGAGUCUGGAGGACCAUAGGCCGAUGAGGGGCGUGGUGCUGGGGGAUCAGGGACCGAAGGCGAUGGGCGGCUUCGCAGCCACCGACAAUGGCUUCGUGCGCUUCGAGCACGUCAGGAUUCCUCUGAAGAACAUGCUCUCGCGCUUCGCGCAAGUAACGGAGGCGGGCGAGUAUGUGCGCCCUCCGCAUGAUAAGUUGGCCUAUGGCGGGAUGUUAUAUAUCCGUUCUGGUAUGGUCACCGGCGCGGGGAUGAUGACCGCGAAGGCAAUCACCAUCGCCAUCCGAUACGCCACCGUGCGCCGCCAAGGCACGCCGGGGUCGGACGGCCUCGAGCCGCAGGUCAUCUCGUACCCUGCCGUCAACGGUCGUCUGCUGCCGAUCCUCGCGCGCGCGUAUGUGUUCUUGAGGCUAGGAAAGUCGCUGUCCUCUCUCUUCGCCGAUACCGCCGCGCGCCUCGCCUCUGGCGACACCUCCCUCCUCGCCGAGCUGCAUGCGACGACCGCCGGGCUUAAGGUCUUCGCGACGACGACGAGCAUCGCCGACAUCGAGACCGCCAGACGAAGCGCAGGCGGACAUGGAUUUUCGGCGGCGAGUGGGAUGGGGAGGCUGUAUGCGGAGUGGGUGCCGAGUGCGACCUACGAAGGCGACAACUACGUUCUAGAUCAGCAGGUCGUGCGCGCGGCGCUCAAGGCGUAUAGGGCGCUGAAGCCAGGCGCGAAGGGCCUGCCACCGUCCUCUGCGUACUUGCAACGGUUGAGCGAUGGGGCGAGCCCGCCCUCGGGCUUCGUCAUCAGCUCGCUCGACGGUCUAACCUCCGAGCCCUCACCGCUCGUGGUGCUCCUUGAAUGGCGUGCGGCGCUUGUCGUGCGCGAAUUGCAUUCAGCAGGCGAAGUGACGGGCAUGGAAGCAGCGCGCGCCGCGCGGGCGGUGACGGACGCCUUUGUGGCGGCCCGCGUUGCGGACAUGGCGAGAGAAGUGGAGAAGGAUGGGGUGCGGAAGGAGGAUGCGGUAGUGGUGAGGACGUUGUUUGCUUUGUACCUUCUUGCCUCCGCCGAGGCGGCGCUUCCCGAUCUCCUCGUUUAUGGCCUGCUGCGUGGCACUCAAGAAGUAGCUGCGCUACGUCGGGCGGUUGCGACCACUUGCGCUGCGUUAGUGCCGCACGCCAUCGGCCUGACCGACGCUUUUGGAUUCAGCAACUGGGAACUCGAUAGUGCGCUAGGUGUAUACGACGGCCGAGUUUAUGAAGCACUAUGGGACCGGGCCCAGCGCGAGCCGCUGAAUGAGAAGGAGGUGACAGAUGCAUAUGGGGAGUCGAUCAAGUGGGUUCUGCAAAAUGGUCAGCGUCGGGCGGCUGAGGCGCAGCGGAAUGCGAAGCUUUGAGAAGAUACUGGGGCGAGCUAUGCUGGGAGCGGGCUUCGAGUCAAAGGUUCCUUAGGGAGGGUUUCACUUACUCCUUGAAUAUGCUAAGUUCUCAAUUGAAGAUAUACGUGCUGCUUUGAGGCUAAAAAGUACAAGAA